CCGGCCACCUCCCUCCGGCCCCUGGGCUCGGCCUUUUCCGGCAGCCGUCGGGACCGGCUCGGCUGGUUCCGCCGGCCCUUGUUGUGGCUGGGCCUGCGUCUCCCCUCGGCGGCCAGGCGCGGGCCCGGCUGGGCCUCGCCCCCCCUCCCUCUCGCCCUCACCAUGGCGGCCUUCGGGAUCCUCAGCUACGAGCACCGGCCUCUCAAGCGGCCGCGCCUGGGGCCGCCGGACGUCUACCCGCAGGACCCCAAGCAGAAGGAGGAUGAGCUCACAGCUCUCAACGUGAAGCAGGGUUUCAACAACCAACCAGCCGUCUCUGGGGAUGAGCAUGGCAGUGCCAAAAACGUCAAUUUCAAUCCUGCCAAGAUCAGUUCAAACUUCAGCAGCAUCAUAGCAGAGAAGCUGCGUUGCAACACACUGCCUGACACGGGCCGCCGGAAACCUCAAGUGAACCAGAAAGAUAACUUCUGGCUGGUGACGGCACGUUCCCAGAGUGCUAUUAACAACUGGUUCAAUGAUCUGGCUGGGACCAAACCCCUCACUCACCUGGCUAAAAAGGUGCCCAUCUUCAGUAAGAAGGAGGAGGUCUUUGGUUACCUUGCAAAGUACACUGUGCCCGUCAUGAGAGCAGCCUGGCUGAUCAAGAUGACCUGCGCCUAUUAUGCAGCCAUUACAGAAACCAAGGUGAAGAAACGGCAUGUCAUCGACCCGUUCAGCGAGUGGACGCAAAUCAUCACCAAAUUCCUGUGGGAGCAGCUGCAGAAGAUCGCCGACUUCCACCGGCAGCUGCUAGCCCAGACCUGUGGGUCACCCUCCAGCCUCAUGCCCCAGGAGGUGGAGCACUCUGUGAAGCAGUGGGACUACAACGAGAAGUUGGCUAUGUUCAUGUUCCAGGAUGGGAUGCUGGACCGGCAUGAGUUCCUGACCUGGGUGCUCGAGUGCUUUGAGAAGAUUCGGCCGGGGGAGGACGAGCUGCUGAAGCUGCUCUUGCCCUUGCUGCUGCAGUAUUCCGGAGAGUUCGUGCAGUCUGCGUACCUGUCCAGGCGCCUGGCUUACUUCUGCACCCGCAGGCUCGCCAUCCUGCUGGACAGCACUGGUGGGCACCCUGCCCACCACCUCACGGCGCAGACCGCCCCUGCGCUCCCUUCCACGCCCACCCCUCAGCCAGCUGCUGGCAACCCGCCUCCCAGUCCCUUCAGCGACCUGCUGCUGUGCCCGCAGCACCGGCCGGUGGUGUUUGGCCUGAGUUGCAUCCUCCAGAGUAUUGUCCUGUGUUGUCCCAGUGCCCUCGUCUGGCAUUACUCCCUCACCGACAGCAGAAUCAAGACUGGCUCGCCACUUGACCACUUGCCCAUCGCCCCCUCAAACCUGCCCAUGCCCGGGGUCAAUGCUGGCUUCAUGCAGCAGGUCCGAGCGAAGCUCCGGGAGAUUGAGCAGCAGAUCAAAGAGCGGGGCCAGGCAGUGGAGGUGCGCUGGUCCUUUGACAAAUGCCAAGAAGCCACUGCAGGAUUCACCAUCGGCCGGGUACUGCAUACCCUGGAAGUCCUAGAUAGCCACAGUUUUGAGCGGUCAGACUUCAGCAACUCUUUGGAUUCCUUGUACAACAGGAUAUUUGGGGCGGGACCAAGCAAAGACAGUCACGAGAUUUCCCCUGACGACGAUGCGGUCGUGGCCCUUCUGUGCGAGUGGGCCGUCAGCCACAAGCGGUCUGGGCGCCACAGGGCGAUGGUCGUGGCCAAGCUGCUGGAGAAGCGGCACUCUGAGAUCGAGGCGGAGAGGUGUGGUGACUCGGAAGUGGUGGACGAGAAGGGCUCCAUCUCCUCUGGUUCCCUCUCUGCAGUCAGCGCUCCGGUCUUUCAGGAUGUCCUCAUGCAGUUUCUGGACACCCAGGCUCCCGUGCUAACCGACCCCAGCAACGAGAACGAGAAAGUGGAAUUCUUCAACCUGGUCUUGCUCUUCUGCGAGCUGAUCAGGCACGACGUCUUCUCGCACAACAUGUACAUGUGCAUGCUGAUCUCCCGCGGCGACCUGGCCAUAGACCACGGCCCCCGGCCCCCCUCGCCCUUUGACGACACCGCCGAGGAGCACGACAGGAAAGAGGGGGAAGGCAACAGCAGCAUCAAGCUGGAGGACACGGGCCUGUCAGAGUGCCAGAUGGACAUUGACCACAACUCCAGCGUGAUUUUUGAUGACAUGGAGAAGACAGAUUUCUCGAUGUUCUCUCCUCCCAUGCACUGUGAGGCCAAAGCCAGCCCUUCCCCUGAGAAACUGGAUCCUGACAAGGAGAGCAAACCCCUUCCGAAGGACAGGCUUGCGGACGGGAUGCUGGCGUCGCUCUAUGACCAGCCCCGGCACAUCCAGUACUCCACGCACUUUCCCAUCCCUCAGGAGGAGUCAAGCAGCCACGAGUGUAACCAGCGGCUGGUGGUCCUUUAUGGCGUUGGGAAACAACGUGAUGAAGCCCGGCACGCCAUAAAGAAGAUAACCAAAGAUAUCCUGAAGGUGUUAAACAGGAAGAGCACAGCAGAGACAGGGGGUGAGGAAGGGCAGAAAAGGAAGAGGAACAAGCCGGAGGCCUUCCCCACCGCUGAAGACAUCUUUGCUAAGUUCCAGCACCUUUCUCAUUUUGACCAGCACCUUGUCACCUCUCAGGUCUCUCGCAAUGUCUUGGAGCAGAUCACCAGCUUUGCCUUAGGGAUGUCCUACCACCUGCCUCUGGUGCAGCACGUCCAGUUCAUCUUUGACCUAAUGGAGUAUUCGCUCAACAUCAGCGGGCUCAUUGACUUUGCCAUCCAGUUGCUGAAUGAGCUGAGCGUGGUGGAGGCAGAGCUGCUGCUGAAAUCCUCCGACCUGGUGGGCAGUUACACCACCAGCCUGUGCCUGUGCAUCGUGGCCGUCUUGCGGCACUAUCAUUCCUGCCUUAUCCUCAACCAGGACCAGAUGGCCCAAGUCUUUGAAGGGCUCUGCGGGGUGGUGAAGCACGGCAUGAACCGCUCCGAUGGUUCCUCUGCAGAGCGCUGCAUCUUGGCCUACCUCUACGACCUGUACACAUCCUGCAGCCACCUCAAGAGUAAAUUUGGAGAACUCUUCAGUGAUUUCUGCUCCAAGGUGAAGAACACCAUCUACUGCAACGUGGAGCCGUCCGACUCAAACAUGCUUUGGGAGCCCUUGUUCAUGAUCGACACGAUCGAGAACCCGUCAGCCCACAACUUCACCUACACCAACCUGGGCAAGAGCCUCACCGACAACCCGGCCAACCGCUACAGCUUCGUGUGCAAUGCGCUCAUGCACGUGUGUGUGGGGCACCACGACCCUGACCGGGUCAACGACAUCGCCAUCCUGUGCGCUGAGCUGACGGGCUACUGCAAGCUGCUCAGCGCGGAGUGGCUGGGCGUGCUGAAGGCGUUGUGCUGUUCCUCCAACAACGGGACCUGCGGCUUCAAUGACCUCCUCUGCAAUGUGGACGUGAGCGACUUGUCUUUCCACGACUCCCUCGCCACCUUUGUGGCCAUCCUCAUCGCUCGCCAGUGUCUCCUCCUUGAGGACCUGAUCCGCUGUGCUGCCAUCCCUUCGCUGCUCAAUGCUGCCUGCAGCGAGCAGGACUCAGAGCCUGGGGCCCGCCUGACCUGCCGGAUCUUGCUGCAUCUUUUCAAGACCCCACAGCUGAACCCCUGCCAACAGGAUAGCAGCAAGCCCUCGGUGGGCAUCCGCUCGUCCUGCGACCGGCACUUGCUGGCUGCUUCCCAAAAUCGAAUUGUGGAUGGGGCCGUCUUUGCGGUGCUGAAGGCUGUCUUUGUCCUGGGGGAUGCUGAACUGAAAGGCUCUGGCUUUUCCCAUCCGGGAGGGGUGGACGACCUCCUGGAAGACGACAAGAAGCCUGCAAGCCGGAUGGUUUCCAUCGAGACGGCCAGCCUGGAUGUUUAUGCCAAGUAUGUCCUGAGGAGCAUCUGCCAGCAGGAAUGGGUAGGUGAGCGGUGCUUGAAAUCCUUGUGCGAAGACAGCAAUGACCUGCAGGAUCCUGUCCUGAGCACCACCCAAGCCCAACGGCUGAUGCAGCUGAUCUGCUAUCCACACCGGCUGCUCGACAACGAGGAGGGCGAGAACCCCCAGCGCCAGCGGAUCAAGCGCAUUUUACAGAACCUGGACCAGUGGACGAUGCGUCAGUCGCUGCUCGAACUGCAGCUCAUGAUCAAGCAAACGACAAGCAACCAAGAGAUGAACUCCCUGCUGGAGAACAUCGCCAAGGCCACCAUCGAAGUGUUCCAGCAGUCCGCCGAGACCAACUCCGCCAGCAACGGCCUCGCCAGCCUGGGCAGCUCCACCAGCCUCGUGCCGGCCAGCACCAAAGCCAAGCCCGUCCUCAGCUCCCUGGAAAGGUCCGGCGUGUGGCUGGUGGCCCCGCUCAUCGCCAAGCUCCCGACCUCCGUGCAGGGCUAUGUGCUGAAGGCCGCCGGGGACGAACUGGAGAAGGGGCAGCACCUGGGCUCCUCGUCCCGCAAGGAGCGGGACCGCCAGAAGCAGAAGAGCAUGUCCCUGCUGAGCCAGCAGCCCUUCCUGUCCCUGGUCCUGACGUGCCUGAAAGGCCAGGAUGAGCAGCGCGAAGGCCUCCUCACCUCCUUGUACAGCCAGGUCCAGCAGAUUGUGACCAACUGGCGCGAAGACCAGUACCAGGACGACUGCAAAGCCAAACAGCUGAUGCACGAGGCGCUGAAGCUGCGGCUCAAUCUGGUGGGGGGCAUGUUUGACACGGUGCAGCGCAGCACCCAGCAGACCACCGAGUGGGCCGUACUGCUCCUGGACAUCAUCAGCAGUGGCACGGUGGACAUGCAGUCCAACAAUGAGCUGUUCACCACGGUCUUGGACAUGCUGAGCGUGCUGAUCAACGGCACGCUGGCUGCGGACAUGUCCAGCAUCUCGCAGGGCAGCAUGGAGGAGAAUAAGCGAGCCUACAUGAACCUGGUGAAGAAGCUCCGGAAGGAGCUGGGCGACCGCCAGUCCGACAGCCUGGAGAAGGUGCGCCAGCUGCUCCCCCUGCCCAAGCAGACCCGGGACGUGAUCACUUGCGAGCCCCAGGGCUCCCUCAUCGACACCAAAGGCAACAAGAUUGCAGGGUUCGACUCCAUUUUCAAGAAGGAGGGCUUGCAAGUGUCCACCAAGCAGAAGAUCUCCCCCUGGGACCUCUUUGAAGGCCUGAAGCACUCUGCCCCGCUCUCCUGGGGUUGGUUCGGGACGGUGCGGGUGGAUCGCAAGGUGUCUCGCUUCGAAGAGCAGCAGAGGCUUUUGCUGUAUCACACGCACUUAAAGCCGAAGCCCCGCAGCUAUUACCUGGAGCCGCUGCCUCUGCCCCCGGAGGAGGAAGAGCCCCCGACGCCGGUCGCCCUGGAGCCGGAGAAGAAGGCGGUCGAGCCGGCCAAGGUGGAGAAAGCCAGCGCCAACGCCGCCAACGCCACGGCCGAGCCCAAGAAGAAGGCCAGCAAGAAUAAGAACCGGAAGCAGGCCGCCAACAAGAGCGAGCCCUCUUCGCUGCAGGACUACAUGAUGCCCACGGGCCGAGUGGUCUCCUACGGAGCUGGAAUGCCCACAGACCUCCUGCACCAUCAGACUGGGAACUCCAUGUCGCGGUUGGCCUACGGGCAGUCACCUGUCGGGCUCUAUGCUCAGAACCAGCCUCUACCGGCAGCUGGCCCUCGGUUGGAUACUUCUCACCGCCAAGUGCGCAUGCCAAUGGGCAAACUGGUCCCAAGCCGCCCCCCUUACACCGGGGUCUUGCCGGCGGGCAUGGGCGGCAUGAUGGGGAUGGACCCUUCCUACAAGACCGCCGUCUACAGACAACAGCAGCCGCCGAUCCCUCAAGGACAGCUCCUUCGCCAGCAGCUGCAGGCCAAGCUGCAGGGCCAGGGGAUGUUGGGGCAACCGCCCGUCCGCCAGAUGGCGCCUAACCCGGCCUAUGGUGCUGUGCAGCCGUCACAGGGCUACACCUCUUACGUCUCCCACAUCGGCCUCCAGCAGCACCCCGCCCAGUCCAGCGCCAUGGUCCCGCCUACCUACUCCAGCCAGACCUAUCAGAACACACACCCCAGCUCCAAUCCUGCCUUCGUUGACCCCGCCAGGCCCAUGCAGAGACCCAGCGGCUACGUGCACCAGCAAGCCCCUGGUUACGGCCACACACUGAACACUGCACAGAGGUUUCCUCAUCAGUCAAUGCCACAAACGCCCAUGAUGAGCGGGAUAAACCACAUGAGCACGCAAGGCGUCCCGUCGGGGAUUCGGCCCAGCCAGCUCCUGCCGGACCAGCAGCAGCAGCAGCAGCAGCAGCAGUAUCUGAGGCAGCAGCAGAUGCUGAGGCAGCAGCAGCAGCAGCAGCAGCAGCAGCAACAGCAACAGCAGCAGCAGCAGCCGCCUCAACAGCCGCCGCCGCAGCAGCAGCCCCAGCAGGCGCCCCAGCAGCAGCCGCAGGUCCCCACCGUGCCUCAGCCCCAAGCCCAGGGCCAGCCGCCCGGGCUGGGGAUGCAGGCGCUGGCUCCGCAGCAGCCGAUUUUCCAGCGGCAGGGCCUCCAACAGACGCAGCAGCAGCAGCAGACGGCGGCCUUGGUCCGGCAGCUCCAGCAGCAGCUUUCCAAUACCCAGCCCCAGCAGAACAGCAACCCCUUUGGACGGUAUUGAGGCCCAGCCAGGGAAGAGGCCGUGCGGUGGACUCAAGGGGGUCUCGGCCUGGGGCACCUUCCGCCCCCCCCCCCCCGCCCCCAGGAGUGCCCCAACAUCCGGGGCAAGGGAAGGUUUUAUCAUGCUGAACGAGUGUUUUUAAUCUCCACUUUCUACCAGUGUUUCCAAAUCCUGUGUGAUUGCUAGUCUCUCCCUUCCCACUUUGAUUUCAGGUUUUAAUAAGUUUUUAGUAUUUUUGUUAAAAUAAUGACAAAAAAAACAAAUUGUAAGAUUUUAUACUUUAUUUAUACCGGAUGAAACCCUGUAUCACAGAUGUCCUGAAACAAAUACAGAGAACAUACUUUCCAGAA